CUUACUUUUCAGUCCUGCUGAGAUGCUCGCGUGAAGCGUUCGGAGAUUUGUUAUACAUUUAUUUGUUAAAUCCAUUGUGGAGGGCUGAGUAGAUACAUUAUUCUAUUCAACGGUUCAAAAUUAUAAUUAUGUAUUUAGAACAAGUGUAACCUAUACCAAUAGUGCAAAUAGUGUUUAUUGAAAUAAAAGAUGUCUGCCUUCGUAUUCUGUUUAUACAAUUAAAAUCCAUCUAGGUUUUAUUAUAGAAGGCCCCUCCACCUAUGUACCCACUUAAAGUUUUUAUUAAAGUGUAGUUUACAAGCCAAGAAAAUUGUGAAUUUAACUUGUGAAACUUGUGAAAUAUAGAAAAAGAAGUGCAACGUUAUUUAUUUAAAUUUGUUUCUAUCUCUUAUUUAUGUAUAUAUCUUAUUACGUGUACAUUAAGUACUUGAACAUGAAUGCAUUCACGGACACAACACCUUCACAGCAUCAUCUCGCUUCAUAUGGCCUAAGAAUGUCACCUACAUCAUCUUCCAACCAGCAGCAUAACUUACAUAUGGAAGGAAUACUUCGGCAACAUCAAGGACAUGGUCCUCAUCAACAAUUCUCGCAACCUUCACAUCAACUAGAACCAGAUACACCUGGUAUGCACCAGGUAUCGAGUACAGAUAUGGUUUCUUCUUUCACUUCCUACCAAAACUCUGGGUACAGCCAUAUGAACCAUCUUAAUGGACAACUUGGUUCAUAUUCUCCGCAUGAAUUUGUUCUAAGGCGUGAAAAUAAUUAUAUCAACUUAGCUACAGGCAGCGUGCAAGGGUGUAGUAAAUCAAACGAAUCUAUGUUUUUUUCCACAAUGUCAUCAAUUCAUCCACAUCAUAAUCAUGGGAUGCAUGAAAAUGGAAAUCCAUCCUUUGGCAGUAGUCCUUUUCACUCAGCCACCCACCACCAACAUCACCAUAUGAGAAUGGGUAUAACGCCCGCAACUGAUUAUUCGAAUCCGUACCAUUCACAUCAUUCACACCGUCAUACGAACUUCUCAUCAGUGCACCACCAUCAUUCCCACCUUCCUAUGCAAAUGAAUUCUGUAGGAGCUGGAGCAUUUCUAAGAUAUAUGCGACAUCAGCCAACUUCCGUAUCAGAAGUAAAACAUGAAAUGCAAUGUCUCUGGUUGAAUCCAGACCAAGCAUCAAAUGUAAAUGGUAGAAAUACUUGCAACAAAAUAUUCAGCUCUAUGCACGAUAUUGUUACUCACCUUACUGUAGAACAUGUUGGUGGACCCGAGUGUACAACACAUGCCUGUUCUUGGAUCGGUUGUAGUCGCAAUGGGCGUCCAUUCAAGGCCAAAUACAAGUUGGUAAACCAUAUUCGAGUACAUACUGGUGAAAAACCAUUUGCCUGUCCUUUCACUGGCUGUGGAAAAGUAUUCGCUCGCAGUGAAAAUCUCAAAAUACACAAGCGAACGCAUACUGGUGAGAAACCAUUUAGAUGUGAACAUAAAGGCUGUGAUCGGCGAUUUGCAAAUUCUUCGGAUCGUAAAAAACAUUCGCAUGUGCAUACUUCUGAUAAACCAUACAAUUGUCGUGUCAACGGCUGUGAUAAAUCAUACACACAUCCAUCCUCACUGCGAAAACAUAUGAAGGUCCAUGGGAAUGUAGAAGAACGAUUAUCAUCACAAGGAUAUGACAGUGAAGGAGAAGAAUCAAGUUCGUCAAGUAUUAUUACAGGAGGUGCACAAACUCCACCUUUGAAUAAGUUACCAGAAACAGGCGUCAAACUUUCACCAAUAUUGAUUAAGACCGAAUUUAAUGAAUUGGGUCUAAAGGUCAUUGCGAACAGUGCAAGUAGAAAUAGCGAGUUAAAAUCACCCGGCUCUUUUAUUUCCACAUCAUAUUUGCCUUCUGAACUGGGAACAACAUCUGUGCAUAUUAAUUCACCAGUUAGAACAGCUUCAAGCCCAGCUUCAAUUUCGGUAUCUGGAAAUCACAGUCAUCAUCUCUUGUAUCACCCAUCGCCGCAUCACCCCACGUCUGAAUGGUACCCCACGACCACUCCUGUACCAGCUGAACCGCCAAACUACACACUAAAUACUUUUGGACCUCUGCACCAUCAUCAUCUUGUGCAUUCAGGAGCAGCUACUGCAUAUUAAUGAAGUUUUUGAUAGCAAAAUUAUACUUUUAAAUGAACCAAUAAAAGUAAAAUAUAGAUUUUAAUCUUAAACAAUCUUACAUACAAAAUUGCUAAACUAAAAAUCAUGAAAAUGUCAAAUCUAGAAUCUCGAAGACAAACAUUUUUAAAGGUAAAUCUCGAAAUAUAACAAGCUAGACAAAAAAUCUCCUCAACGUAAAUUACAUAUUGAUGGCAAUAUUAGAUCACAAACGACUUCAAUUGCUAAUAAGUUUCUUGAACUACAAUAGGUCUAUUUUGAAAUAAAAAAUAAAUAACGAAUAAUA